AUGUCAAUUGAAGAGCCUCCACAAAAAAUAAGAAAAUUAAAUUCUGCUACUGAACUGAAAUUAGAAGUUAUUCCUAUAUUGGAUCCAAAACUGAAAUGUUCAGACAUUCCAACCACCUCUUUUCAAGCUGUUCAAUUAGAAAACAAACGAGUGAUUGGCCAGAUAAUUGGUCGACUGAAAGAACUGCCUGAAGAAUUUCAACAUUUGAAACGAGUAGGAAAAGAUGGAAGUGUUCUUAUUUCUGAGAACAAAGAUGAUUCUGAGCAAAUUGUUUUGGAUCUAGGAAAUCCGGAAGUUCAACUGAAGAAUUUGAAGACAAUCCUGGUCCCGGCGAUAAAGCCAUUGACACGACGACAGUUCGAUUUUGCGAAACAAGUUUGGCCAACAGGAUUUCAUCCGAAUCAUGAGAUAGAACGAAUUUUAGACGGGUCAUGGCUUACAGAGUCCCUGAAAGCCUAUAUUAUCAAAUGGAGUCAGUAUGCUAUUGAUUUGAAAAAUGGAUGCAUUUCAGUGCAGAACGACAUUUUACUAUCCUCGGGCAGUCCGUCCACCCACCCUCUCGGUCAUGCAGUCAUGGAAAUGGUUGGGAAUCUUCAGAAACGAACUGGCUCCGAUUAUCUGGGCACUGGAGCUGAUGUCUUUCUCCUCAAUGAACCAUGCGCUAUGUGCUCAAUGGCGCUAGUUCAUUUUCGAAUCAAACGUCUUUUCUAUGUCAUAUCUUCAAGGAAUGGAGUUUUGAAAGAUGACGGAUGGCAGCUGCAUUUGGAACCAUCAAUCAAUCAUCACUACGAAGUAUACAAAGUGAAUUUGCCAGAAAAUGUAGACGUCGUUUGUGAUAAUGGCUCUGUUAAUCCAACAUGUUUCUGCACGAAUUUUAAAUAA